CUCAGGUGCCUCGUAGGUCCAGUCCUUUCUCGCCUCGCCUUUCCGUCGCCGGGUCCGGGCCUGUCUUGGUCUUGGCCUUAAAGAAAGCAGCAACGCCGCCUCUCGACUUAUUCUCCCCAAUCCCAUUGUUGCUGAUUCCCUCCUCUCCAGCUUUCGUGAAUAUCGUCAAACGCACCCUCUUCUCCUACACAAGGCGUUGAGGGGAUCAUUUCCUCGCGCUUUUUUCUUCGAUAUUACGUUUUUCCUCCGUUUGCAGAGGCCUGUUCUUCGUUCUGUCACGCUUUCGCAUCUUCAAUCCCAGUCCCUGACCUCAUUGUACUUUGGUAGGCGACCAGCCACGGAACGGAAACUUGCCUUGAACUUCACAACCAUGAGUUACAGCUCUGACGACGAUCGCCCUCUUGCGAGGGCCAACGGCCAUAGACUCUCCUCGUCUAAGAUUUCUCGCGCCGAAGAUGAUGCUCUGGAUCAGCCAGUGCCCAAGCAGGCUGCUAAGAUGGCUGGUCUGUCGGUUCGCAAUGGUCCUCUUGAAGACGCAAUGGACAUCGAUGAACCGGCUACCAACGGAGCUAGCAAACGUAAAUCGCGUACCUCUAUCAGCAAGGUCAACUACAAGGACGAUGAGUCUAGUGAUGAUGCUGCCCCUCUGGUUCGUAUUCAUGACACAGGAAAACCCUUCCUGUGGGGCCAGGUAUGCUGACGAUGCUAUCGCAGGCCAAGCGGCAAAAGAAGCAAGCCAACAGAGUUCCCGAAUCCGACUCCGACGAUGAACCCAUCGCAAGGGCCCGAGGAAAGAAACUUCCCCCUUCCUACGACGAGACUGCUUUGCCCGAGUCCUCUGGCGACGAUGACGAGCCCCUUAGUGUGAAGCUCGCGCAAAAGAAGCGUGACAUGGAGAAGGAAGCUGAGAAGCAAGCCAAGGUGAUCCGAGCCAAAGAAAGAACCAAGAAGCCUGCGACAAAGAAAGCUGUCAAGGAUGAGUCCGACGACGAUGUUCCACUUGCGAAAUCCUCAGCGAGUAAGCGUCGAUCUAACGGAACUGCUGCGAAGCGGAAGUCGAAUGGUGUCAAGAAAGAGGAGUCAGAUUCGGAUGCGCCUAUCUCCAAGAAGGCCAAGGCUAAACCCACCUCAUCUGCCAAGAAGGCCGUCAAGGCAGAAUCCAAGAAGGCCAGCGAGAGUGAGGACGAAGAGGAGUAUGCUUGGUGGAACGCACCAAAGAAGGAAAACGACGAUAUUAAGUGGACAACUCUUGAGCACAAUGGCGUUCUUUUCCCACCUGAUUACGAGCCUUUGCCCAAGAACGUCAAGAUGCUCUACGAUGGACAACCAGUUACUCUUGCUCCCGAGGUUGAGGAGGUUGCCACCUUUUGGGUUGCCAUGAUGACUCCUGCAUCCUCCCAUCACCUAGAGAACCCUGUUUUCCGCAAAAACUUCUUUGAAGAUUUUAAAGAAUACUGCGACAAGUACGGUGUUACAGAUGCGCAGGGAAAGAAGGUCGCUGUCAAAUCGCUUGAAAAGUGCAACUUCGACAAAAUUUACGCAUAUUGGAGCGAGAAGGUCGAACAGAACAAGUCCAAAAACAUGACCAAGGAAGAGAGGGAGGCUGCGAAGGCGAAGAAGGAUGCCCUCGAAGCCCCCUUCACUCACUGUUUAUGGGAUGGUAGAAAGCAGAAGGUUGGCAACUUCAGAGUCGAACCUCCCAGCUUGUUCCGUGGACGUGGUGAACAUCCCAAAACCGGUAAAGUCAAGCAGCGUGUCCAACCCGAACAAAUCACCAUCAACAUCGGCAAGGGUGCCAAGGUCCCAGAGCCUCCCAAGGGACACAAGUGGAAAGCUGUGCAGCACGACCAAAAGGCAACCUGGUUAGCCAUGUGGCAGGAGAAUAUCAACCAAAACUACAAGUAUGUGAUGCUUGGAGCUGAUAGCGAUAUCAAAGGUCAGAGUGACUUCAAGAAGUUUGAGAAGGCCCGGGAACUCAAAAAGCACAUUGACAAGAUUCGCAAGGACUACACCAAGGAGCUUAAGAGUGAAGUGAUGGCAGAUCGUCAACGAGCCACCGCCAUGUAUCUGAUCGACAAAAUGGCACUUCGAGCUGGUAACGAGAAAGACACAGAAAACGAGGCCGACACUGUGGGUUGUUGCUCUCUCAAGUACGAGCAUAUCACACUUGAGCCUCCUAACAAGGUUACAUUCGAUUUCCUCGGAAAGGACAGUAUUCCAUAUAGAGAGACUGCCAUUGUUGAGCCUCAGGUCUUUAAGAACCUCAAGCUUUUCAAGAAGGCGCCCAAGACUACGGGAGAUGAUCUCUUCGACCGCCUCAACGUCAGUUUCUUUUCUUUUCUUUUCUUUUCUUUUCUUUUAUUUCCCUGUCCUUUGUAUAAGAAGUUAGUUGCUGACGGAAUUAUAGACCUCUCAGUUGAAUAGGCAUUUGACCGGCUACAUGAAGGGUCUGACCGCCAAGGUUUUCCGUACUUACAACGCUUCCUGGACAAUGUCAGAACUGCUCAGGAAGCUCGCUUCGGAUCCUCGCUCUCGCGGCACAGUUGCUGAAAAAGUAAAGUUGUACAAUGACUGCAACCGCGAGGUUGCCGUUCUGUGCAACCAUAAGCGAACCGUGGGUGCUGGGCACGAGCAGCAAAUGGCCAAGCUUGGUGACAGGAUUAAAGGCCUCCGCUACCAGCAAUGGCGAACAAAGAUGAUGAUUCUCGAUAUUGAAUCUGGUUACAAGAAGAAGAAGGGUGCCGCCUGGUUCGAGAGGGAUGAGGACUUAGAUGACGAGUGGGUCAAGGAGCACCAGCAAUUCUUACUUGAGGAGCAGCGUACAAAGAUCACCAAGAAAUUCGAGAAGGACAACGAAAAGCGCAAGGCGGACAAAGAAAAGCCUCUCCCCGAGAAGGAGCUCAAAGAACGUCUUCAGGCUGUCAAGGAGAUGGAGGCCAAGUUCAAAAAAGAGAACAAGACCAAGAAGGUCGAGGCUGAAGGCAGAGGCGUUACUGUCGACAAGCUUCUAAAGGCUGUGGACAAGUUUGAUGAGCGCAUCAAGACACUGGAGCUUCAGGCCCAGGAUCGUGAUGGCAACAAGGAGGUAGCCCUCGGCACCUCCAAGAUCGUGAGUACCACCGAAAACCCGUUGAAGAUCUUUGACUGACUUGUUAUUCAUAGAACUACAUUGAUCCUCGCCUCACAGUGGUCUUCUCCAAGAAGUUCGACGUUCCUAUCGAAAAGUUCUUUUCCAAGACUCUUCGUGACAAGUUCCGAUGGGCCAUCAAGUCUGUUGAGGAUGAGGAUGACUGGACCUUCUAAGUUCUCCGUGAGGGUGUUGGCGUAUAAAAAGAAAAUUGCGGGAGGCUUUUGGUUCUGUUGCUUUUAUACUAAUUUGCUUGCUUUUUUUUUUCUUUGGAGGUUUUGUAAGAAUACUCGGAUGUUGCUUUCGACAUGAGCAAGGGCAAGAUCAAGGAGACAAGAGGAGAAAGCACACCGAGCGAAGCGCGAGCUCGCGAUGUGCUUUCCGGGUGCAGGGUGAACGGCCGUAGAACGCAGAACGCAGACAACGAACUCGCAGGCGCCGAGAUGGGUUGCUCGGAGCAUUCAAGGGGAUUAUUGGCGGCAGAGAUUUUAGUAUCAUAGAAAUCAUACCUAUAGAACAAGCACUUCGCAUGUUGCUGGAGUUUUGGUGGCCUCUGGAGAGGGGUUGACUCCAUCCAUGGCUCUGCUAACGCUCAAGCAUGGACGAGACGGGCACGAUCCUGAUAACUAUAUUUACCAGUGCUAUUUUUUUCAACAUUUGUAUGACGAGAAGAAUGUGUGUUCCAUCUUGGAGUGUACAUUGGUCCUCGUAAAAUAUAUAUGUUGAUUCUUUCAUUAUACACCGCCUGUCUAUCUAAUGUUUGCCAUGCGUCUAUUCUUUACAACCAAAUGCAUUGCGCCGUCGCUAAGAGCAAUAUGUCAAACCCAAAUACCAACCAAUUGCAACUAAGUGCCCCAGUUCCAGAAACGCCAACCAACCUUGCCAUGUAAAUAAGGAAUCACAUCCAUACAUACUCGCGGUGUUGUCUAGAGGUCAUCAUAUGCCGGACAAUGUACAUGGGCCAAAACCCAAGACAAUAUAUGCUGUCGAAUCGUAAUAUAUAGGUCAUAUACCGUGAAGUGAAGUCAAGGUGUUUCUUCUCUAGAAGAAACGACCAGCAAAUGCCAUAAUGCCGGCCAAGAAGGGCAUAACAGCAAUAACGUUAUGUAAAGGCUGAAGAACGAAGGCGCUGUUCUCGGCGGGAAUGAUUUUCCCCUUGGCGUUGAGCCUCCAGCCUUCAGGGAUAGCUCCGCCAGAAGGUCGGGAGCCGGUCCAGGGCCAUCCCGUCUGUGUAGCUGUAGCGGGACUUCCGUCCUCGGCGAUACCUCCGACAGGAACGUUUCCAUCCGCUGUAGCGACGGUUCCUUGGGCGGUAGCAGUGACGGUCAUGGCAUCGCCGUUUUCGUUGCCGUUGAUCUCACCGCCGACAGAUUCAAUUGACUGCCAGGAGCCAGAUGUGUCCUUGUAUUUGUACUCGUCACCAGUUGAGUAGUCCGUGACAACGACACUCUUGACUUUCAUGGUGAAGGGACCUUUGGAGUAGUCUGUUGGUCCACGGGCCCAUUUGACGGUGCCUGCGGAGUUUGUAUUGGGGUCACCACCAGCCCAGGCGCCGAACUUGACUUGCAUCGGAGUUUGAGGGUAUUGAUUAUCCUCGGCGUCGCCAGCGUUGAGGGUUCGAACGACAGUGCCGCCAGCCAUCCAGACGAUACGGUCCUUGGUCCAGUCGAUGGUAUAUGUAAUCCACUCGCCCUGCGUAUUUGUCACGUCGUGAAACUCGCCGCGGUUGUACGAGGUCGUCUGGCCCUUUCCGAAGUAGUUUGACUGGAUCUCGUC